ACUAGAACAAGCUAACCAGCUCCCUUUUGGCUACCUAUACUUGAAUAAAAAUAGUUAGUAUAUAGUUCUGGCCUGCUGAGAACGACAUGGACCGAUAACCGUUGGCUAUAUACUUAGGAAACUUGCUCACCGCUAGCUGCUACACAGAUUAGUAGAAUAUUGUUAAAAAGACUUCUUUGAGGCGACAGUCGCCGAUGUUGCUUGGGCUGCAACUUUUGCAAAUUCGUCAGUGAAUAUAUUCGGAAUAAUAAGUGGCAUCCUCAUUAACAGAUGCGACGUUUCUAAAGUAAUGUUUGCAGGCGGAAUUUUCUCGUUUUGUGGAAUGUUUGGCAUGGUAUUUGCAACUGAUGUACUACAAUUGACUAUAUUCAUUGGAGUAGUGAUGGGUUUUGGGCAAUGUUUGGUUUUUAACUCAGUUAUCUCAUCUAUCAGCUAUAUUUUUGGCUCUGAAAAGUUUGGCUUAUAUCUUGGAAUUUCAUUGUGCGGCAUCUCAUUUGGAACGAUGGUGUUUUCAAUAUUUACUGAGGUGUUGAUACAAUCCUAUGGAUUACACGGAGCUUACCUUUUUCUUGCCGGGCUGAUGUUAAAUCAAUGCGUUGCGGCUGUAUUUAUUCAUUACCAAUGGAAAAAGAAGCAACUUCAUAGAAGCAGUAGUGAGAUCCAUUUACUGGAGGAACAAGUCAAAGAAGUAGAAGUGAACCUAAAUGGUUCAUCAAUACUUAGGAAACUUUCUUCAGUGACAAAAUUUAGAGAAUUAAAAGCAAUCCCUGGAAUGUUUAUAUUCAUUGUUGUUUUUGCAAUGUUUGAAGGAACAUAUCAAGCCAGAAUGCCAUAUAUUGUACCAAAGGCAAUUGACAAUGGUAUUGAUCCAAUGGCAGCUGCAACCGGGUUUUCCAUCUUUGGAGCUAGUGGAAUAGUUGGCAGACUUUUCCAGAUACUCGUUAAUGCUAUCACAAACUGUAAUGCAAUGUCAAUCUUUUUCUUCGCCUUAUGCUUGAACUGCGUCAGCAAUCUCCUCUUGUCAUUGACAGCGCAGUACAGUUGGUAUAUACUUGCUCUAAUUUUUGAUGGAGUUUCUUACGGACUUCUUUUGCCAUAUACAAUUGCAAUUAUAAAGCAGUUAUCUGGACAUAGAUUAUUAGCUGUUGCAAGUGGUUGGGGCUUUACUUUUAUUGGAGUGAUGUCAGUCAUAUGGGGAGUUUUAUACGGCUGGUUUUACUACAUUUUUGGCUCUUACCAAGAAGUGUUUUUAUUGUGCUUCGUGAUGGAAUGUAUCUCAAUCAAGCUCAUCUUAAUAUCAAGACCAUUGCGGAAGAUGAUCCAGUGUCGCCCGACAUUUCGUGAUACAAAUUUUGAAUAACUGACUCGUAGGCCUACAGUGUGUUGUAAAUUUUGAAAUUUAAACAAAUAGAUUAGGCCUACACAAUUGACAAUUUUUCCUCUCACAUAAAUUAAUUCAUUUUUAGAGAGGGAGUGAAUUAUUGUUUUGUAUAUUACUUUCAAACUGGGAAUAAAAAAAAAGAUUCUCUCUUUCUUUAGGAUGACAUAUAGCAAUUUUCGAGGUUGUUAUCCAACAAGAACCAAAAGAACUCAUUCAUUCCCACUGCUAAUCAGAUCGAUGAGUAAAGACUAAAUCUAGCAGCUACAAACGAACAUUGUUUAAAUAUUUAUCAGAAUAAUUAUUUCGUCAUCAGCAAAUUAUGCACGAAUAAUAUAUAGGCCUACGGUUCCAUCUGCAUGCGCAUACUGUUCCACCUCACGCUCGCAGUCACAGCUCUAGGUCAGCAGUGUACAGUUUUUUUCAUAAUGAAGUUGAAGACAAUUUUGGCAGGUUUAGCAGUAUUAGAUGAGCAAAUGAUUAUAUUAAAACGCAUGAGGA